UUUGAAGCGCGCAGAGCAGCUGGCUUUGUGUUUGUGGACUCCUCCCGUUGUGUGAUGAAGUUCAGAUGCGCGCCGUUGUUCCGUACGCGCGUCACCGCCAGCGCACAGAGGAGCUUUCCCGACGCGAGAGGAGGAUGACAGAGAGAUGUGUGGAUCACGACCGUGGGAGGCUCAGAAUGUGACACUACGCCUCGCCAAUUGACGCCUUUCUUUGUAAUGAACACUAACCCAGCUGCUCUGGAUUCGGAAAUCAAGCAACGUCUUUCGCGUCCGACUCCGAGGUGAGAAGCUGCCCGGAGCUGCGUGGAACGUAAACCUCGGUUCGGUCCCUCACGGUUAUGUUGUAGUUUACCCGGACGAGGCUGUGUGUGUUGUGUGUGUGUGUGUGUCUUGUAGGUUUUUUUUUUUUUUUUUUUUUUUUUUUGGUUUUUGUUUUUGAUCCAGGAAAUGUUGGCAUGGCCGCCUCGGGAGCACAUAAGUGUCCAAAGAGUGAGAAGUUGGACGAGGCGCAGGCUUUGGCCAAGAGCUGCGCAGGAAGACCAGACUUCCUGCCUUGUGAUGGACUCUCCAUCUGCGCUACGCACAGCCACGGGAAGUGUUUCAAGCUGCACUGGUGCUGCCACUUGGGCUGGUGUCACUGCAAAUACGUGUACCAGCCCAUGACCAAUGUGUGCCAGCUGCCUAGUACAACCGUGCCACCUGUCGGCUCAGAGUACAGUAACACCAUCGACCUGUCCGUCUCUCUGGCUGAGCGCUUCCUGAAGCUCGCCCCCUGCUUCCGGUCGCCACCUCACUUGGAGUCGCCCAAAUACUGCGUCAUCGCGGACCUGUUCGUGGACGACUACAUUGUCAAACGCAUCAGCGGGAAGAUGUGCUACGUGCAGCGGCCCCCGCCCCCCUUACCAGAACCUCCUCAUCCUCCCACUCCUCCCCCACCUGCUCCAGCUACACCUCAGAAGCCCCAGAAUCCCGCUCAGCCUCGGCAACCGGUCAAGGCCGCGCUGCCCACCCAGCAAACGCCCGCCCCUGCGCCCGUGCAGCCAGUUCAGCAGGUGUACAGUGAACACAAACACCCCUCCCCUGUGGAUAAGAUAAAAGGCCCCAAAAUGGACCACUGCUCCUCUCCAUCCAGCUCCGAGGACUCCGGCAUCAACGCGCUGGGUCUGCACUACCUGGAGUCCUGCGAGGAGGAGAGCGAGGAAGAGGACGACGACGAGUUGAGCACAGAUGGAAACUCUAGCCCCGGAAGCCUCUGGGAUCAAGACGACUGUUCUGUGCUUUCUCCAUCCAAGUCUAUGAUAGAGAUCAUUGAAAAGAUUGAAACAACUGUGUAACUCACACAACAACGGGGAUCCCAGCUGAGCGGGAGCGUGAUUUGCAGAGCUGAAUCAUAUCAGACAAUUGAGGAUUUAUCUUACAUGAGUAGAAAACAAACCUCCUCACUAAUAGCAGCAGGGCGUUGCCGGGUUGUUUUGAGUUUAAUUUGUUUUCCCGCAGGUGGCCGAGGACUGUACGGUUCACAUUCACACGCAGCCUCUGCUCUGUCCACAUCCCCUGCACGGAGUGAAUUUCUGGAACUUAUUACAAUAAAGGAAAAUAAGGAAGCACAAGAAUAUCAAAACACAUGCAUGGUAGACCAAAUAGACCUCUUGAACAUGGAAACUGUACGGUGAAAAAUCUGAAAAUACAGAAGAAUCUAUAAUAGGUGCACCUCCUUCACAGGAAAGUAGAAAAAGUGAGAUAUUUUUUUCAGAAAUAUCUCUUUAGGUAUACAUUACUGGAGAUAAAUUAUCUGUGAACAAAGGUGAUAUAAAUAGGAUUCAUGAUGAUAAGAGGCAGUUGAGUAAUUCUUAGUUAUCUGGCAAUCGGACUUUAUUCUAAUCCAAUAUUCAAGUGGCAAAUGAGUGUGCCAUUUCUUGUUCUCUGGUCAGUGGCUCCACCCACAUGCGUUAGUGAUCCUGACACUUCAACAUAAUAACCACAAGGCCAGCUACCUCUCCCGUCCAAAAGCACAUCAGCCUUUUUAACCCGUUAAUUACUGAGCUCUGAGCUGCUGGGACAAGCCUGCUUUUAUCAUGUUAAUAAAAAAAGGAAUAAAAGAAAUUGCCGGCCCACUGUCUGUCUGCACAACACGAGCGGCAGUUAAGUAGGUCAGUGUUCGACAAUCAAGGAUUACACAGAAGCACAUUCCUAUAAUGUACCUGCCAGUGAGGACCAAGAAUACUCUUGUACCUUCUAAAACCAUUUAGCAGAGAUUAACACAAUGUUCUGACCACUGUUUUCUGGUCGAGCUGAACCGAACUGCAGCGCUGUUCAAGGUUAAGUGGGGCGUUAAACAAAACAUGACUCAUAUUGACCUCUAUUAGCAGCCAAGAAAUUAAAUAGCAUGGACGUGUCUCUGGCACAGCUACAGUGGCAACAGUAGGAGUCACGUUGUCACAGCAGAGACUAGUAAAACACCCAGCGAAGUGGGAUUAUAUCCAAUAUAUACAUAUAAACUUAUGAAAUAAUAAAGCUGCAUUGUUAUUUGCUUUCUGGGCUUGAGAGUGAAAUGUCUUGUGGCGAGUCUGGGAAAGGUGUUCAGACUAGGUUAGACUUUAUGUCACUGUUAUUUUGUGCUAUGUGGCAGGAAAAUUCACUGAAUGCACCUUUAGAAGAAGAUAACAGUAUGGAAUAGGAUGCUGCAUAGGUGUUUUGAUGUUGUGAUGGACAUGAUGUUAUAAGAAAUACACACAAAUAUGAAAUUAGUGAGAUAGCCCAUUAUUAGUCAGUUAGUUAAAUGAGGCUGGGCUGAGUUUUUGUUUUUUGUUUUUUUAAUCCACAAAAAUCACUAAAAUGUUCACAGGUAUGUAUUGCUACAAUGCUAAAAGCACUAGGUGUUAAAAAAAAGAAAGAAAAAGAAAAAAAAGAAGUCAUUUUGCAUGACUGCAUUCAUUUGCAGAGGUCCCUCAUGUCAAAAAUCUGUUUAACAAAUUUGUGAUUCAGAGUGUUCAAUAAGCACAAAUUCUGUAUCUGUUCAAAUUCAAAUAAAAUGUUUUUUAUUCAGGACAGCCCCUGACUGUACACUGAACACAGUCCCUCUUAAUAGAGUUUAAAAUAUGUCUUUUCUUCUUAUUACUGUUAUAUUAUUUUCAUAUGAAUAAAUAUUAAUGAAACUCA